AUGAAAAAAAAUUCAGUUCUAUCAAAUGAAAAAGAAAAUAUCGAUGAUCGAAUUACUCUGACUGAUAUUCUUCGUUGGGUGUAUGAAAAUACUCAACAAUCGACUUGGGAUGGAUUACAUCAUUGGGCAACGCAAAGUUUAAGUUUUCAACGAAAAGUUAAUGCUUUUCAAAAUAUUCACUGGAUCAAUCAUGAAGAAUCGUUUACAAAUAUAAUGAUGGAAAAUUUAGCCCGAGAAUGUUUAGAAACUGAAGUCACCGAAUUGAAAGCAAUGUAUGGUGUAUCAAAAACAUUCCAAACAAUAUUCGAGAUUUAUUUGGCUCGAUAUACACAUUCCAGUAUUUGUUCGUCUGUUGAAAUUCAUGAAGCUGUUUCCAAACGAUUAUAUGAUUACGGUGGUUCAAAAAAACUUCUUGCACAGUUGUUAGAUGAAGAGCAGCAACGAGAACUAGAACGAAAACAAGAAUUGGAAGAAGAACGACAGCAAAAACGUCCGUCAUCUGUCGGUCCAUGUGAACCGGUACUACACGAUGAAAUCAAGAAAUUAUGCGAUAUGCAAGGUCCUAUGUUGAAUUUAUCAAAUUUAAUUUCAGCAUUUUGUCCUAUCGCUGAUGCUUUUCUUGGUACUACAUUCUACCGUGAAUGUCAACCACAUAGUUGGCAACAAAAUCUGUGGAUUACGAAUGAAUUCAAACGUGUCAUUCAAACACGAGGAGAAUCACUAGAUCCUUUUCUACGUCCAGCACGAUGGAUACUCGUCUAUCGUAAUCAGCAUAUCAUUUUUGUGAGCCCUUUUGAAGCCAAUUGGUUAAUGAGUCAAUUACACUUUCUUUAUCAUAAGCAAUCAUGUAAUAAACGAUUGACUACAACGUUGUGUUUACUGCUACCACGUAUUAAAUGA